CCUAGACGAGAUUGCGAUGGCCGUUGAGGGGGAGGAUACUGAUAAUAGUGAUACUGAAACUAAUGAUGAUGCCGACUCUGAAGACGACAAACCGGAAGAAGAUCCUGGAGACGACCCUGAAGUACCUGAAGGAGACGAGUCUGAAGGAGACGACUCGGGAAUUGUAGCUCACUGGAUCAAUAGUGACGACUCUGACAACAAUGACUCUGAUGGUUCUACCUCUGGAUCUCCGUCUCUGACAGAUGUCUUGGCUGACCUCAAGAAUGCGUACAAUUCUGAAUGAAUCUCUCAGUUUUGCUAAGGCCAGCUUCGUAGCCUUGUUUGACAAUAGACAUGUUUGGAUCUU